ACCGCGCUGGGGCCGAGGGGACGAUGGAGAAUUUCACCGCGCUGUUUGGAACUCAGACUGACCCUCCACCGCCUCCAAGCGCCCUCGGCUUCGGGCCAGGAAAACCUCCGCCCCCUCCUCCCCCUCCUCCGGGCGGGGGACCCGGCACGGCCCCGCCCCCCACCGCGGCCUCGGCACCCCCCGACAAGUCAGCGGCUGGUUGUGGGCCGUUCUACCUGAUGCGGGAACUGCCAGGAAGCACAGAGCUGACAGGCAGCACUAAUCUGAUCACACACUACAACCUGGAACAUGCCUACCACAGGUUCUGUGGGAAGAAGAUGAAGGAGAAGCUGAGUAACUUCUUGCCGGACCUUCCAGGGAUGAUUGACCUGCCAGGUUCCCAUGACAACAGCAGCCUCCGCUCCCUCAUUGAGAAGCCCCCAAUUCUUAGUGGCUCUUUUAAUCCCAUCACAGGGACCAUGCUGGCUGGCUUCCGCCUCCACACUGGCCCACUGCCGGAGCAGUGUCGUCUGAUGCACAUUCAGCCUCCCAAGAAGAAGAAUAAGCAAAAGCACAAACAGAGCCGUACCCAGGAUCCUGUUCCCCCAGAAACACCUUCUGAUUCAGAUCAUAAGAAAAAGAAAAAGAAAAAAGAGGAGGAUCCUGAGCGGAAAAGGAAGAAGAAAGAGAAGAAGAAAAAGAAGAACCGACACAGUCCGGACCACCCAGGGGUGGGCAGCUCUCAGGCCAGCAGCAGUAGUAGCCUCCGCUAGUGGGACCCCCGGGCUGUCCCCAAGGACUUUCCUGCUGCCUGGAACCUGCUGAUGAAAGCGGCCUUCCUAGCCCUUGGACACCGCCUUGGGAGCACCCCCGCAACUGGACAGCAGCAGCCCCGCCGUGCUCAGGACUAAGGUGUUAGGAGGAGGGCCACCUUUUUUGUGAGGUCCAGCCCAGUUGGCGUUCUCAUGGACAGUUUUUCCUCUCCCAGGAAAUUCUCUUUCCAUUUCUUUUGUGCAAUUUGUCUAACUUUAGGAUUUCAUCUGUUAGGGCUUUUCUUUGGGUUAACAAAAUUUUUACAUUUUCAAACUGGCUAAAAGUGUGGCUGCCUGCUGAGAGUAAGUGCCUUUCCAUAUGAGUUAGGGUGUAAGCUGAGGCACACUAAGAUCUGAAGAGAUUUGGGUCUUGUUACAGUUUCUUAUUAGCAGGCAGAUACAGAACCAGAAUGAGACUGAAGGACAUGGUCCAGAGUGAGGCAGAGCUUCCUAAUGAAUGCGCCUGCCUCAGACACCUGACUCUGGAAUGCUCUGCCCGAGGUGCAGAACCAUGCGCCUGGACAACCUCCAGGGUCCAGCUGAAGGACUGAUGAGCCAGCCUGGACUCAAACUGUGUUCUAGGUUGAUUGUGCUGAAUCAGAAUAGCCAACUGAGAAGUGCCCACACUCACCAAUAUAUUUCAACAAAGUUAAUUUGUGGUCAGAACUGUUUUUAAAUAAACCUCUGGCAAGUGAAGGUAAUGAUUCUUGCUUUGAAAGAAUUUUUGACCUGCCUCAUUCCUCAGUAAGAUACUGUGUUUCACUGAUGUGAAAACAUUUCUAAGCUCCUCAAACAAGGCAGCCUAAACUAGCAAAAUGUAAAAUAAAUUCCUUCAGUCUUUGUAGCAGGCCAGUUAACUGAAAAAAACCGGGGGGAGAGAGGGACUCCCAAGCUAAUGUAACCUCAGCUAAAUUUGCCACAGGACAGUUAGAAUCUUGCAGUGUGCCAAGGUUAUUCCUUCAUCAGCAGAAGGGAAACCAGUCUUAAUUCUAGGAUUUCAAAGCAACAGUUUAUCUACUUAAGUUAUAGACAGUACAAUCAAGGGUCCUAGCGACUUUUCCUGGGGUCUCAUGUCAGAGGACCGGCCUAUUUAAAGUGAGGGCACAGCCCUCUGUUGUCUGACAAGCAAGAGACAACAGGAGCUAUUCAUUGAGCCCCACCAUGUGUCACUGCUUGCAACAGGCUUCCCUUCCAUCAUCCACUGUCUUCCAAAGUGAGCCUGCCUUUCUAGAGAAAACACUGUGCGCUAAGGAACAACGAACGGCACAGUGCAAGGUCUCUCAGCUUGGAGAGAAGCAGCUUUGAUGGAAGCAAGGUAUCCUUUUUCAGGGCUCUUUCAGUCAAUCAUGGGGAACAAAACCAGGACUUACUGUCUUAAAUGAUAACCACCUUUCACUGCAGUCACCCCUAAAUGUGCACCAGGCCCAGAAGCGGGGUUA